CAACACCUCAGGGUUCUUCCUUUCUUCCGGUCACCGUCAGCCGUUGGAGAUGGCUUUGCAUUGGGACCAGAUUCCGAAGAAGCAGGGUCUUUACGAUCCGUCCAUGGAGUCAGACGCGUGUGGCGUUGGGGCUGUCAUGGAUAUGAAUCGCAAGAAGUCUCGCAAGACCCUGACAGAUGCACGAGACAUGGCGGUCCGCAUGACCCAUCGAGGUGCCAAGCAGGCUCAUGAGGAUGAUGGCGAUGGAGUUGGCAUCAUGAUUUCAGUGCCUGAUGAGUACCUUCGCAGUUGCUGCAAUUUCGACCUUCCUCCAGAGGGUCAGUAUGGUGUUGGAAACCUCUUCAUGCCCCGCCAGGAAGACAAGCGCGAAGACGCAGUGAAGUUGGUGGGACGAAUGGCCCGUCGUUUGGGUUUGGAGGUCAUCGGCUGGCGAAAGCCUUUGCCAGUGAACUCCCUUGUGCUGGGACCCUAUGCCAAGUCUACUGAGCCCUUUGUCGCACAGGUCUUUGUUGGUAUGGCAGAGAGUUUGGUGCCAGAAUCUGGCAGUGAGGGUGCAACAAGCAAGGCAAAGGCUUCCCCCGGUGAGUAUGAGGGCUUGCCAUUGGAGACAAGACUGUUUUUGCUGCGCCGUGCCGUCGCACUGCGAGCCAGGGAGGUGUUCGUAUGCUCACUGUCUUGCAGGACAAUCACAUACAAAGGGCAGUUCAAGCCGGACCAGCUGUUUGAGUACUACAUGGACUUGAAGUCUGAGCAAUGCACUGCCUUCCUGGCGUUGGUCCACUCGCGCUUCUCUACCAACUCUUUCCCUUCCUGGAACCGCGCUCAUCCCUUCCGCCGCAUUGCACACAAUGGCGAAAUCAACACCCUGGCUGGCAAUCGAAACUCCAUCCGAACGCGUGAAGCUCUCAUGACCAACAGCAAAGCCUUUGGGGAUGCUCCACUGGAGGCCUUCUUCCCUGUGGACGAGGACAUUGGAAGUGACUCUGCUCUCUUGGACAACGUGGUAGAGCUGUUGUUGGCCGCAGGUACCCGCGACUUGGCAGAGGUCAUCAUGAUGGUGAUCCCCGAGGCCUGGCAGAACACGAACUUGAUGCAGCCCGAGAAGAAGGACUUUUAUAAGUAUCUUUCCUGCGUGAUGGAGCCCUGGGAUGGCCCUGCACUGGUUUGCUUCACGGAUGGCAUCCAAUUUGGCGCCACCUUGGACCGCAACGGUUUGCGUCCUGGCCGGUUUUACAUCACCAAGGACCAGCGCCUCAUCUUGGCCUCAGAGGUUGGCGUAGUGGAUGUCCGACCAGAAGAGGUCCAGUUCAAGGGCCGCUUGAGGCCAGGAAAAAUGCUCUUGGUGGACUUUGCCCAGGGCCGAAUGAUCGAGGACACUGAGUUGAAGAUGCGAUACGCCACAAAGAAGCCCUACGGUGAAUAUUUGAAAAAGAACAGCGUGGAGUUGAAGGAUCGCUUGGGUCCUGAGCCCAAGAGUGACUUCGCGUUGAUUGAAGAGCUGCUGGAAGAGGAACUCGGCAGUUUGGAAGGCAAAGAACUGACUCAGAUCAACAAGAGGGUGUUGCCGCUCUUGAAGUACUGCGGAUACACCUACGAAAAGAUGGACAUGCUUAUCGCCCCCAUGGUGAAGUCUGGAAGCGAACCCUUGGGCUCCAUGGGUCAGGACAUGCCACUGGCCUGCUUGUCCAAGAUGCCUCGGCAGCCCUUCGACUACUUCUCACAGCUAUUCGCACAAGCGACCAAUCCUCCCAUUGAUCCAAUCCGCGAGGCCAAUGUCAUGUCCUUGACUUGCCCCAUUGGCCCCGAGCGAAGCCUGUUGGAACCUUCACCUGACGCCUGCCGUCGUGUCUUCCUGGACUCACCCAUUCUGUGCCCCCGCCGCUACAAUGCUAUCUUCGGCUUGCAGGACGAUGGCUUUCCAACAGUCGUGCUGGAUAUGACCUACGGCUUGAAUGAGAGCACUUCCAAGGCGCGGCAGGCGGAUCGUGCAAUCCGCGGCAACAACCUGCUGAAGGAACGCUUGGAGCAGAUCUGUAAGGAGGCCGAAGCAGCCAUCUUGGGCGAUGGUGCAGCGGUGUUGGUACUGAGUCAUCGCAAGGCUGGGCAAAGCCGAGUUCCUGUGAGUUCUUUGUUGGCGGUUGGAGCCCUUCAUCAGGAUUUGAUUGCAAAGAAGCUCCGCGCCAAGGUGGCGCUGAUUGUGGAAGCGGCGGAUGCCUACGAGAUUCACCACUUCUGCUGCCUUUUGGGCUUUGGCUGCGAUGCGAUUUAUCCAUACCUCUGCUAUUUGAGCCUCUUGCGAGUUCGUGGUUGCAGUCUUCCCCUGAACAAGCGCAUCGAAAACUUCCGCUCCGGCUCUGACUCAGGUAUCUUGAAGGUCAUGUCCAAGAUGGGUAUCUCUUGCCUGCAGAGCUACAAGGGCGCUCAGCUCUUCCAAGCUGUUGGUCUUGACAAGGAGGUCAUCUCCAAGUGUUUCACUGGCUGCAAGUUUGUUUUGAACGGCGCUGGUUUCAACAUCUUCUCGCAGGAUGCGAUGGAGCUGCACAAAUUGGCCUUCCCAGAACGACCACAACCAAUGCUGGUGGAUGAAGAGGUGGAAGAACUGGAUGACUUUGGGGAGUAUCACUUCCGGUCCAUCCAUGAGACCGAAAUCCACAUGAACACGCCCGACGUGAUCUACAAGAUGCAAGAAGCGGCGCAGAACAAUUCCACGGACGCAUACAAGAUGUUCUCCACCUGGCAGAACAAGAUCACUGAGCAAACAGAGAUCCGUGGCCAGCUGGACUUUCGUGAGGAAGAGUGCGUUCCCGUGCCGCUCAAUGAGGUGGAGCCGGCUGUUGAGAUCGUGAAGCGGUUCUGCACCGGUGCCGCAUCCUUUGGAUCUAUCAGUGAUGAGGCACAUCGAGCCAUGGCCAUCGCCAUGAAUCGAAUUGGCGGAAAGAGCAACACGGGCGAAGGUGGUGAGGACCCGAUGCGUUUCACUCAACUGGAGCCUGGAGAGUUUGAAGCCGGUGCCGUGAAAUGGGACAUUGUCGGAGGGGAUACCUUCCGCUCCAAGAUCAAGCAGGUGGCGUCUGGACGCUUUGGUGUGACCGCCGAGUAUCUGGCGAACGCAGACGAGCUCCAGAUCAAGUUGGCCCAGGGCGCCAAGCCUGGUGAGGGUGGCGAGCUGCCAGGCCACAAGGUCAUUGGCAAGAUUGCCGAAACCCGCAAGGCUACGCCUGGGGUGGGGCUGAUCUCCCCUCCGCCGCACCACGAUAUGUACUCCAUUGAGGAUGUGGCGCAGCUCAUUAAGGACUUGAAAAAUGCCAACCCUUCGGCCCGAAUCUCCGUGAAACUCGUGGCCCGAAUUGGCAUUGGCGUCAUUGCAUCAGGUGUUGUGAAGGGUAAGGCUGACCACCUGACCAUCAGUGGAAUGUCGGGUGGAACUGGUGCUGCCAAGUGGGGCUCCAUCAAGCACUGUGGCCUUCCCUGGGAGAUUGGCCUUGCCGAGACCCAUCAGACCCUGGUGCUGAACGGUUUGAGGAACCGUGUGACCCUUCAGACCGAUGGCCAAGUGCGAACGGGUCGUGAUGUUGUGAUUGCCGCCAUGCUGGGGGCGGAGGAGAUUGCAAUGACAACGGCUCCACUGAUCACCUUGGGAUGCAUCAUGAUGAGAAAGUGCCACUUGAACACAUGCCCUGUGGGUGUUGCGACCCAGGAUCCAGAGCUCCGACAGAAAUUCACGGGUCAACCAGAGCACCUGAUCAACUUCCUCUUCAUGGUGGCUGAGGAAGCACGUGAGAUCAUGGCAUCUCUGGGUAUCAAGAAGUUCACUGAACUCAUCGGCCGCACAGACUUGUUGAGGCCCAAGGGCUAUUUGAAGGACAAUCCCAAGACUGCGGACUUGGACUUUGCAGAUCUGCUGAAACCUGCUUGGACCAUGGAGUCCAUGAUGGGCAAUUCGGCAGACAAUCCCAUGUACUGUUGCGAGCCUCAGGACCAUGAGUUGGCCCAUGCCUUGGACCAGAGCUUGGUGAGUCGCUGCUCCAGCGUCCUCACUGACUCCUCCAACAGCAAGGUGCGGUUGAAGGGCGUUCCAAUCAACAACGUGGACCGCUCCGUGGGCGGAAUCCUCAGCUUUGAGGUCAGCAAGAAGUUCGGGGCAAAAGGAUUGCCAGAGGGUUCCCUGCACAUCAACUUCAUUGGCAGCUCGGGUCAGUCCUUUGGAAAUUUCUUGGCCCCAGGCAUCACCUUCGAGCUGGAGGGCGAUGCAAACGACUACAUUGGAAAAGGUCUCAGCGGAGGAACCAUUGUGGUGUACAAGCCCAAAGAGGCAUCCUACAACUCUGAGAGUGCCAUCAUCGCUGGCAAUGCCGCGUUAUAUGGUGCGACUGACGGCAAGGCCUUCUUCGGCGGCAUCGCAGCAGAGCGUUUCGCGGUGCGAAACUCUGGCGCGACAGCGGUCUGUGAGGGCGUUGGUGACCACGGCUGCGAGUACAUGACACGAGGCACUGUUAUCGUCCUCGGCCAGAUGGGACAGAACUUUGCCGCUGGCAUGAGCGGCGGAGUGGCCUAUGUGUUGGAUUUGGAAGAGAUGCUUGGUAGUGAAAAGUUCAUCUCCACCACUGUACAGGGCUGCAUUGAAAAGGAGGGAGCUAUUGCAGAGUGGAAGCUUUGCAAUGCCUCAGGGGUGCACCUUGAGAAGAUUGAGGAAGAGGAGGACGACCUUGCUGAAAAACCUGAUCUCAGAGCAUGCUCAGCUGACAGAAACGGCGCCUCCGCCACGCCCAAACAGCAGGGCCCUAAAGGGCGGACCGGGCCUGCCGGCAACGGCCCCAACGGCCUAACGUUGCUUUCUGAACCUACAAGAAAAGUAGCCGUCUUCGAGCUUUCCAAGCUCAGAAACGGCGCCUCCGCCACGCCCAAACAGCAGGGCCCUGAAGGACGGACCGGGCCUCCCGACAACGGCCCCAACUGCCUAACGUGCCCAGACGAUUUGCGGCCGCAAGAACGCUUUACCAUCCGACCAACUCUCAUCACGCAGCAUCAGUUCGAAGACUGGCACCUGGCCUUCUUUUUUGAUGCCAGGCCGUUUGUCAAACAAGAGUCCCUCUUCAACAUUAUGCUGACAGCGUUUAUUUGCCUGGUCUUGUGUGGAGCAUCCAUGCAGUUCUCCAAGGAUGCAAAUAAUUUAGUUUUGAGACCUGUGGAGCGGAUGAUUGAAAAGGUCAAUCUGAUCAGAGACAACCCCUUAGCCGCCAUGAAGAUGGCGGAUGAUGAAUUCAAGGGUGAAGAGAUGAAGAAGUUUAGGGACACCAACAACAGGGAGAAACAGCAUGUUUGGCUGGAGAAGUACCAUAUGGGAUGGUUGUCCAAGACAAUUGGGUGGCUUACUUUCAAAGGCCCCAUUCGGGAAGAUGCGAUGAUGGAGACUGCCAUUCUGGAGAAGACAAUCAUAAAGCUCGGGUCUUUGCUGGCUUUGGGCUUCGGGGAGGCUGGCGCACGCAUUGUGGCAGACAACAUGCAGGGCUUGGACUCUGCAGGUGUUAAUGCAAUGGUGCCAGGCAGAAGGGUGGACUGCAUCAUCGGCUCUGCCUGUAUUCGCGACUUUAGCACCGCGACAGAGGUGCUGCAAGGAAAGGUUAUGACAUUUGUCAACCAGAUUGCUGAGAUUGUUCAUGGGCUUGUGUGCGAGUUCCAUGGAGCUCCAAAUAAAAAUAGUGGUGACAGAUUCCUCCUGAUUUGGAGACUUGGGAGCCUGAAUAGCCAGCAGCAGAUGCGCUUGGCUGAUAUGGCAAUGGUGUCAUGCAUUAGGAUUCUGGGCUGUGCGCACAGCAACAGAACUCUUGCUGACUAUCGUACCCAUCCAGGACUCAUACAAAGACUGGGCGCGAACUGCAGAGUGAACCUUAGUUUUGGACUUCACCGCGGCUGGGCCAUCGAGGGUGCGGUUGGAAGCGAAUUCAAGAUUGAUGCGUCCUAUUUGUCGCCAAACGUAAGCAUUGCAGAAAGCUUGGAGCAUGCCACCAAGGUCUACACGGUGAGCAUGCUGGUCUCGCAGGACUGUGUGUCGUUGUGCUCCAAGGUCUUGGCAAGGCAGUGCAGACUCAUUGACAAGGUGACAAUGAAGGGAUCCAAGCUUCCUUUGAGCCUGUUUGUUUACGAUGUGGAAACUCAACGCAUGCCAGUUCGGGAGUACAGUAAUCAUUUGGAGUGGAAUGUGCGGCAGCGCUUCAAAGCCCGCCAGCUCUUCGAGGUUGAGAAGACUAGAAAAUGGGCCUCAGAUGUCAACAUCGUUCAAGAUUUUGUCAUCCAGAGCGACGAUGUGAAGCUGAUGCGCAAAGUCUACACUACCGACUUCCAACAAUUAUUCAACAUGGGGUACCAGAACUACUCCGAAGGUGAGUGGCGUGUAGCCCGACGACUACUGAAGGAAACACAAGGCAUGCUCGGCUUCCAGGAUGGCCCCAGUACUGCCUUGUUGAACUUUAUGGAGACCUAUCACUUUGAGGCCCCACCAAAGUGGAUGGGCGUCCGGGACAUCCUUUAG